CUCCAAAUCGUUCCUCGCGCAUCUGUUUAUUAUUGCUAGGUGUUAUGUCAACUCACCAAGAUGAUGUCGCUGCCGCACAGUCGAGCCCUGCUGAUCGCUCAGUGGUUGAGAGGAUGGUUCGCAGGUCAAGUCGUAUUUCAGAGAGAAAAAAGCCUGCCAGUCUGAAGACGGCUUCAUCUGACCGCUCGGUGUUGCGCACCAAGACCGGCCGAGUUGGCAAGGCUGGGAAAGAGCCUAAGUUUCACUUCUGUGACUGCGGACGGUCGUAUACUACGAUCAAUAGCCUGAGACGGCAUCAAAAUCGGUAUUGUGUUCUGAGCCACGACGAACUUUUUCGGAGCCCGAAUCCCUUGCAAAAGCAUCACGAACAGCAGUGAGGCCUAAGACCUGAUCCGCGAUAGACUACUUGGUGACAGUUUGCAGUAAUGAGAAGAGUCUUAUUGACCACCAAUCGCUUCCCCCCAGCAACAUCGAACAAUCACAGCAACAACAAAUUAUUUUUCCUG